GUUCUUACGUUCAGUAACUGACGCAAUGGAGGAAGAAGCAGAAAUUCAAGAAAAUCACGAUCUGCCAGAGUUCUCAUGGGAAGAAAGAUCUCUCCAUCUCCUUCAAAACUCAAGGCUCGACAAAGACUUCGCCAAGCUCAAAUGCCCAAGAAAGGGAGGCAAGAAGCACAGAGUGCGAUGUAUGAGUAAACCAAUGGCAAUCCCGGAAGUGAUUCUCGAGCUUCAGGAACCAAUAGUACGAGAAUCGGCUCUCAGAUGUCUCAGUACUUUCCUUCUCGAGAAAAGGACAGAAGAUCCAGAAAAUUACUAUAGGACCGGCCACUUGCUAUUCCAUUCCUGCUGUACAAUGGCAAUCCUGUUACAGGAGUUGUUGUCAUUUUUCAGAAUGAUAGGGGAUCAAAAUCCUAGUGUAAGAUCAUCCAAGCGUCUAGCAAAUGUUCUCACCCUUUUCCAGUGCAUUGCAGCUAACAGAGAAACAAGACUGCGAUUUAUUGACACCUGUGUGCCCAACUUGUUGCAACCUGUGAUACUCUAUCAAACCCCACUGGAGGUAUUUGAGAAUGUUCGAGCUGUUGCCUUGUCUGUGAUUGCCAUUCUAUGCCAGGCUGGAGAUCCCACGAUCAUCCAAUGGGCUGUCAAAAGCAAUAUGGUGGAAAUUUGUUGUACUAGCAUAGCCAUGGGAAAUGAGCUCACCAAAGUGGUUGGAAUGCACAUUCUUGAAGCUAUAAUGCAAGACGAAUCGGGCUUACGCUAUAUUUGUAGUCCAAUGAGUGAUCAUUUGCUACAGAAAAUGAUGACGACAUGGGAGCAUCUGGUCAAUCUCUUGGCUGUGGAUGACGACUUCUCUCCUAGGCUUCUUUUUCACAGUAUCAGAUGCUAUUUUCUUGCCUGUUGUGAUGUGAGGGGACUUAGCCUUGUGAAAGAGAAAUUACCUAAAACCAUCUCAAAUGGUUUUUUUCUUGAUAUCGUCGGAGAUUUUCCAUUGAUGGGAGAUUUGCUUCAAGAGCUGCUCCUGACAGUUGAUAAAAUCUACGACUUCUUACCCGAUAAUCUUGACGAUGUUUAUGACCAUUAAGAUAAAUCUCCAUUCCCAUGCUCAACGGUCCUGCUUUUCGGGGGAAAAAAGAAGCAAGAUUCCAUCCUGUUAGCUCGCUUAAGUGCUUCGUGUAAUAGCCAUCAACCAAAUGGAUGCAAAACCAAAUUCUUUGUAGCUGCGAAAGUAACAUAGAAAAUAAUAGAACUUAGAGGUUGCAUUUCUUUUACCA